AAAACACAAAAUAGAUUUAAAAACCGAAAGAAAAGAGCAGUCCACAAAUCAGGAGGUGUGAGUGAUCUGGAUUAGGGUUUAGGCAGUUUGGACAAUUGCAACUUCUAGCCAUUACCGAUCAUGACUCCACCUCCAGGCCCUUAUUCUGGCGCUAGCACUCUCGCCCUGGUGGCGCGUGCUUCUGCUUUCACUUUUGGUGUUGUUUAUGGAGGCAUCAAGCUUAAGGUUCUCAAGGCAAAGGCAAAGACAAAGGCAAACGCACAUAAGAAGGCAGAAGCUAAGGAUCAUCAUUGAUGGGCCCUGGUAGUUACAUUUUGCACGACUGGCAGUGAGAUACGCACAGAGAGAGAGAGAGGAGACAGACAGCUUCACUUAUGUUUCUUUUAUAAGAUGAAGAUAUUUUUUUCUUUUAUAAUGAUCUUUUGGGUAUUUGUUGGCUCUCUGGCCCUGUACGAUGUCCUUUUAUGAAUGGCAGAUGGAUAGUUUGUUGCGGCUAA